ACUUGACGUCAGUCGCCGAUCGGCGUGCUUGCGGUAACACGUAAUUUCGAGCGGAGAUUUUCGUGCAGUUUCUCUCUUUUCCUCUCGUCCGUCCUGUGCAUUCUGUGACUCGCGAAAGAUUGCGUACACGGUAAGAAACACGAAGGCAUUCUGCAAGAUGCAGCAGGAUGAUCGUGCAGUGAGACCGAGGUACGUGUCGCGCGGUAAAUAAUUCAUCGACGAGUUUACGAUCUCCUGACGGAGCAUCGACGCCAUCUUCCGUCGUUCUCGGCUGCCAGCGCCGCGGCGCUCCUCAGAUUGGCAGCACUGGCGAUUGAUCGCGCAUACGUGCGUAUUUUACCCAGAAUGCGCGUAUCGCGUAGAACCAUGAGUACCAUGGACGACCCUGCUCGAAUGUAAACAGAAUUCUCUCGCUGUUAUGAAGUGACGAUAUCGGGACGCGGUUCACGGGAGACGUGAGAGCAUGUUCGUCGCAUGUCAACCCAAACGCGCUGGAUUGUCGCGUAACGCGCGUAGACGUGUCUCCGACUCGGCUCGUCGUUGGCGGAGUGUGCGCGUGUGAGUGGACACCGAGGAGUGUGAGACGAGCGACGGCACGAUCGUCGUCGGCCGUGGCUCCGAGCUCGAACCCGUUGCGUGCACUCGCGUAAGAUCUCUCUCUCUCCCUCUCUUUCUCUCUCUCGCUCGCUCGCUCGCUCUUUUCCCUCCCUCUCACCCUCUCACCGUCUUUCUCUCCCUGCCCACCUCCCGUUGGCUGCUCUUGGUGUAUCCGUGACUCUCACGGUCGUCUAAGGAUUUUCCCGAUACCAACGACGAGUAUUCGGAACCGCCUGCGAGAACGAUCCGACGUCCGAUCCGUUGGGAUGAGGAAUUCGACAGGCGGGCUACUCGUCGACGGAGCCGUUACGAGGGUACGAUACGUCGUUGUUGAGUAGUUGAGUAGUUUUGUAUCUCGCUUUAUCAGGCCGAAGCGCUCUUGAACUUGGACUAAACAUACACAUUAUUUGCCUGAUGAUUAAUUGGUGAUAAGAGCGCAUAAUGUCCUCUUCGAUCGAUGUACGUCCGACACGAGUGCCUGAGGAAAUGAAUCUAGCGUAUAGACAAGACGACGCAACAACGAGACAUGCCAAAUGCCGAUCCGCGCUGGAUGUCAUGUCGCUGAAGUUUCCCGUUGCUCGCGGCAGUUAUACAAAAUGCAACGAGCACCGUGUAUUCAGCAGGAGCGCCUCGUCGGUAAAGGACGACGAGGUGUUCGCUGCGCUAAGAAGCGAGCCGGAUGACACGGCUCGCUUGUCGUGGAACGCCAUGCCGUCUCCUAGUGCCUUUUCGACUGAUCGAUGCCCGCCGAGCCAGGAACACGAUCGUCCCACGUACAAUUGCAGUACAAUGAAGCACCGAAGUCGCAAUCUUAGACGGGAACGCGACGCGAGGAUAUACUCACAUUUAUUUUCGUUAGUUUACUGGAUAACAGAAUAUUGUUAUCAUCGUGUAUUCCGAUCGAGAAGUCUGUGGAGAUACGACUAUCGAUGGGGGAUCGAUUUCUCACGGAUCUUUCUCUCCUUCAUUUGCAUUCUCUUCCUUAUGAUGCACAUGACAGUCCACGCAGAUUCCAUCGACUCCAUAAAUGACACAGAUAUCAUUGAUACGCACACACCUAUCAGUCAGAAACCCUGCGUGCAGGGUCUGUCAACACCAGGAGUGACAAGGCCGUAUGGUGACAUUAACAUCGAAUAUGGUACUAAACCCUUGAGGAUUAUGUGUAUAUUAGACCCGAGACGAAUACGCGAAAAGUUUCCAGGCAAAACCUCUGCGGAUCUCUAUUUCUUACGUAAUACAGCUUUCAUAGAUAAAAAAUACAUCAGUAUAAUCAACGAAACGGCGAUAUUGUUGGAGGUACAGGAUCUGGAGCCCUCUAAAGAUCUUUAUACCUGCGGCUUGCAUGUAGAGGACGGUAAAGUCCAUACCGUGGCAGUUUGUCUCAACGAAGUUGCAAUUGGACACAAACCUACGAAACCGAUAAGCUUCAAUUGUGUGUCCGACAAUUGGGAGAGCCUGCGUUGUUCAUGGGUACCGGUGCAUAAUUAUGUCAAAACUACAUACAACCUGACUUUCACGUUGCCCGGAAAACGUAGCCGGAAAAUAUUUCCUUGCCCGAAAGAUGUAAACGACACAAAUAAAGAUGACACGAAGAAGACAGACAUCGACAUGGCAGAUAAAAAUUCGUGCUAUUGGGACACAAAGACCAAUCCAAUUUAUAGGCAACCGUACGAGACGUAUACCUUCAUACUGUUUGCGUUCAAUCCUUUCGAGAACGCCAGCUUUACGUACAGGAUCGAUCAUUUUUCUAAUGUUAUUCCACACAGCCCGUGGCAUUUGAAGGUGCAUGAUAUAACGCCGGACAGCGCGAAACUGCGGUGGAGUCUGCCCUUUCCGUUGCAAAACUUCCCAGUCGGUAUUCAUCACAGAAUUAUGUAUCAGAAUCAAUUGCACAGUAAUAGCAAAAACGCUACUUGGACGGUUAUCAACAUUACUGACAAAACUCGUGAGGAGCAUAAAGAGUACACUCUCUCCAACCUGAACUGCGGCUACUGUCAGUUUGAUGUCCGUAUUCUCCUAAAGAGUGCGACAGCUCCGGAUGUAGAACAUAUGUGGAGCAAGCCUAGCAUCGUCGAAUUCAGAACAGCGUCAAGCGUACCGAGUUAUCCACCGCGAACUGACAUCGGCAGCUUCGAGAUCACGGAGAUCGACGACAAAAGCAGAGACGUGUUCUUGUAUUGGCAAAGAAUACCGCGAAACCACGAAAACGGAGAGAACUUUACAUACGAAGUUGAUUACGUGGAGAAGAACGGUGCCGAUGCAUAUUUAAAGAACAAAAAUUCCACCGUUGCGUAUGUCAAGUAUACGAUCACAGCGGACAGCAAAUAUCUAUUCAAGAUCGCGUCGAAGAAUGAAGUAGGCUUCAGCAGCAAUCGCUCCGAAAUAAUCGUACCAACUCAGUCCGAAGUCAUCUCACUCGAACCAAAUGCCUUUACGAAAAUUGCUUACAACGAAACGUUAUACGAGUUGUCUUGGAAGCCGCCGACCGCGAAGAACAUCAAGAAUUACACAAUCUUCUGGUGCGAGGACACGCGCGAUCGUCCUUACCAGUGUACUGGUUUCUUGGAUUGGGUGCACGUGCCCAAGAACACUACCAUGUACAAUGUGACCGUGACCAAUCCAUUGAAGGUGUACCAAUUUGCGAUCUCUACCAACACGGAGCAGACUAGCAGCGGUAUGGUAUGGGCUUCGUGUACGGUGAUACACAACAAGGUGACCAGCAAGAUGAAAGACGUAUGGAUAAACAACAUUAAUUCGAGGUCUAUCGAGGUUGGCUGGAAAUUGGACUGCUCGGAUCGCGUCGGUAUUAUAGAUGGCUUCAACAUCUAUUACUGUCCUAUUAUAUCACCGUAUAAUCUGCAAUGCCAAGAGAACACCAAGAAGAAUAUUACUAUCGUGGCCGGGCCGCAUACGAUACACGGUACCGCUCGCGAAUUACAGCCAUAUACUACGUACAUGUUGUACGUCACGGUCUUGACCAAAUUCGGCGAGGGUUCUAACAGCGACUUUCUCUACAACACCACUCUCGAAGACGCGCCCAGCACCCCGCCGCAAAACCUGCAAGUCAUGAACGUGACAAACACGACCAUAAGUCUUCGAUGGGAACUGCCUAAAGAGAUGAACGGGGUACUGCGGUAUUACGAGGUGCUGUUCAAUGGCAACUCCAUGAGAGUUGAGGACGUGCUUAGUAUUAACUUGACGAGUCUGGAGCCAUAUACUAAAUACAACAUCAGCGUUCGCGCCUGCACUAUAUCGUGCAGUAAUGCAACAUUGCUAACGCAGCGCACGAAGAUCGGCGUGCCGGGCAAGAUAAGCACGCCUUAUGUGUACUCCAAGAACGGCAGCGAAGUUGUCCUCAAGUGGAACCGGCCGAAGAAUAGCGGCGGUCCCGUGCACUAUUACGAGAUCGCGCUGCACAACGUCAAAUACAUCCAAUACACCAACGCAUCAGAAAUACGGCUAUCUAUUCCCGACUGUAAGGACGUUGACAAACCUCAGGAACCAUCCUACCUUCUUCGAGUGAAAGCUGUUAACAUCGUUAAUGACACCCAGUUAAAAGGACCCUGGUCUGAUCCGGUGGAAUUGAAUUGUUAUUCCGACGGACCGUCCUUUGCAGCAUGGCUCAUGAUAUGUAUCACCAGCAUCAUCGGCGUCGGAGUGCUCUUCGGUUGUCUCGUAUACGGUUCUAGAAGGAUGUGGUCGAAGUGUAGGGCGAUGCAAGACGUCGAAGUGAAACUACCGCCCGGACUCGCUCCGAACAUAAAAUUACUGUCAAACGUCGGCGAGCAGCAUAUGCGACAGCCGUCCGCCGAUUCGAGCGGUUGCUCGAGCGCCCAGGACUCUGUCACCUCCUCCCUCACGACCAACUCUCAGGUUUCCAACGACAGCGGCACGGACAUGGCAUCCGACCCAGCAUCGCCCGACAAGCUGUUGGAGUCGCUACCGAGUCGGGAGUCGAAGAGGGUGCGACAAAGGAACGUGGGCAAUGCGCGAUCGACGGAGAACGGGCAAUGGGAGUUGUAUACGAAAGUCACCAAGUCCAGCGAGCCGGUGCUGGGCGAGACGCUGUCGUUGACGCGGUCUACGCCCAAUCUGACCGAGAGUGCGGGUUGCACGACGUCACAGCACACGUGGUCCUCUACCGGUUACAUCAGCAUGCCGUCCUCCGAAGAGGCGUCGUCUAACCCCAGCCCAGUGCCGAGGGAGAACCCGUUCAUCGGCACCGUCUCCGGCAUUGCCACUGCCAACUAUAGCGUCGUCGGUUCCAUGCCUAACAAGCCCGGGCAGAUUGUCAAGUCUGAAGACUCGUCGGCAGCGGGCAAAACGGCCGCCGCCGCCACCACCGUCGGCGAUGCUUUGAUAACCCUCCAAACGGAAGCAGCCAAGUCCUCGAAACCGUAUAUCGCGCUCUCCGCCUUGGAGAAGAAACUGAAGAAGCCGAAACACGCGACUAACCCGUUAGACUGGGAUGAACUGACAUUCGUCGAGCCAGAUAAAUGUAACAAUCCGGACACGCAAGCGUCGUUGCAAUUCGAUUCCGACUCCGACAAGAUCUCCAAACCGUAUGUGCAGACCGGUCUGAUAGACACGCUGGAGAAGCAGUACCUCUUGAAUCCGAUCGUCGAAACCAAAAGGAACCUGUUGUGCGGUUCCUUCAUGUCCACGGGUUCUCACAAUAAGUCCUUCGUGCCGACGUUGUUCUCACAGGCUUCCGAGUCACUGAAAGAGUUGCCUUCCUCGUCGACGAAACCAUACGUCGCCGUGUCGUCGAUCUCAGAGGAGAUGGCAACGACAUCGCCGACUCACGCUGCCCAGCACAAAUCUUCGUCGCGGAGGCCUUACGUUCAGCACGCGAUACCCGCUACGUCGAACGAGACCUCGACCAAGCCGUAUACGCUCGCGAGCUCUAUACGACCGUUGCAGCAACGGGCAAAGACAGAGUUGUGCGCGAAAGUGACGAACGAUGAUGAGAACUGCAAGAAGGUUAACACCGACGACAAGAACUCGAGUGUCAAGGUGGAACCGAACAGGCUGCCCGUCUUCGCUAAGCAGAGUACUGGCUACGUCACGCUCGCUGAGAACCCCAGCUUGGGGAAGUUGAAGCCGGCUCCGACGUCGUCUCCGAAGCACCUGGACAAAGCACCGCAGCAGACGCAGACGACAACGGCGACCGGCCAGUCGGCCGAUGGACAGUACAGUAAGGUGACGGUUGUGCCAAGUACAAUGUAGUGAACGAACACGACAGACGCGCGUGUCUAUUCCUUCCUCACGGUGGACAAGUUUAACUGCCACUCGCGUGAAACAAUGAAAGAAGCAAGUGCGAUCGCAAUAGGAUAGGUAGCUCUGCGCGAAUGAUGACACGAUGAUGUUGACCGCGCGAAGAACGAGUACGACCCGACCGCACGCCUUACAAUUCCCAUCGAAACGUUCUCGGUGCCGCCGCGACUCGAGGCCGACCUUCACACGUACGCGAGGUGUCGAAGGACGCGAGGUGUGAGACGUUGAAAGAAAGUGUUCGAAGCGAAGGACACUAUUUUUAAGACUGAAAUGUAAUUCUUAAGGAACCGCAUACGCGUACACUUUCGUCUGUUGGCCAGCGCUUAUGGGUUUCGUCGCUGCUCGAGAAUGUAAACGCGAGCGACUUUGACCGGGGCUAGCCGAGACUAUGUUGUAAUUAGCGACGCAUCAAUCAUGACCGAGUUCGCCAAGAUACGUGUACGACCGAUUGAAUCAUCGCGCGACGAUUAUUGCGGGGCGGUGAAAUAUUUCGGGAUUGUUUCCGUUGCUGUUGUUUAAAUUUGAACGCCGCCAGAAUUACGACGAGAAUUAUACGAUUCUCUUCUGUCUCUUCGCAGUCUGUACAAUUUGACGAUACGAACGAGUGUCCCUUUCUUUUCUCCUCUCUCUUUCUCUCUCUCUCUCUCUCUUUUUGUAUUAUUCCUUAUGGUUGUUACGACAACGGAAACGAAUCUUAGUGCAAUGACCUUAUUAUCGGAAUUCUUAUUAAUUUGUGUACAUAUUUAUAUAGGACGGUUUUACGUGUAACAUAAUUUUGCACACGGCUUACAUAACGAUGCGAGAUAUAUAUACAUAUAUAUAUAUAUGUAUAUGUGUGUAUAUAUAUAUAUACAAAUAUAUAUAUACGUAUGAUCUUUUAUCCGACGGGCGAGCUCUCCCCCUUUGACUUUUUAGUAAUCAGAUUUUAGGAGUACGAUAUGUGUGUGUGUGUGUGUUGUGUGUGGAGUUUGCGGGUGCAAACUUGCCGCCUCGUUGACACAAUCUAUUCACACUUGCGUGUUGUUGUUAAUUAACAUUUGAGAAAUUGUUAAAUGCGAAAAUUUAAAACAUGUGCUGAAUCGCAUAUCAUUUCUAUCGACAUAUUACGUACACACACAUACAACGAUCACGCUACCAUUCAUAAUCACGUUCAUAAUCAAUACGUUAAUUGUAUAUCGAUGCUGACUCGAUACUUAUUCGACGAAAAAGAUCUUGUACAGAGUAUUGUAAAAUAUAUUUUUAUUGCUUUUCCUCUCUAUCUAUAACUGUGUCUCUCUCUCUCUCUGUUGUAAUCUUUCUCUCUCUCUCUCUCUCUCUCUCUCUCUCUCUCUCUCUCUCUCUCUCUUUCCAUUUUCUAGUUUCAUUAUUUAUAUCACGUACAAAUUUCUCUCGCCUUUGUGCCGGUCGCCGAUCGGCCGUACUGUUAAUAAUACUGUAUUGCCAUAAUACUGUAAUGCCAUGCCGUCGAAACCUUGCCAUUCGUAUUUAUUCGUUCUCGGAGCCCAAAGCUGCUACUUUUUUUUAACUUUUCAAUACUCGCAUACCGCACGAAUCAUGUUAGAAAGAUACGACGACGACUUCGUUCUUUCGUAACUUUAAAAAGAUACAACGCCGCCGGUGAAGAACCAUUAGUUUAUAAAUAAUCAUUAAGGUGAAAUAUACAACAUUUAUAUCGAAAAAA